CUGUCGCGUCUGCCUUCAACAGCUCCUGCCUAACAUAGGGACUCUUAUUAAUAUCGAAAAGUUUGCACAUCUCGAGGAUAGUCAGACCGGAGCCAUAACAUCUUGCAAGUCGCAUCUGAAAGCGGUCGAUACCCGGCAAGAUGUCAGGCCUGUUUGGAAGCGCGGCCUCAACCACUGCUGCCUCAAGCACAACUGGAGAUGUCUCGAAAGAUGUCGCUUUAGUACAACCACCCGAGGACAGUAUAUCGGGCCUUGCAUUCUCUCCACAAGCCGACUUCCUCGCAGUCUCAUCAUGGGACAAGAAAGUCAGAAUAUACCAGGUAAACGAACAAGGCCAGAGUGAGGGCAAGGCGGCAAUGGACUUUGACGCUCCAGUGCUAGGUUGUGCUUGGUCUGAGGACGGUCAGAAGGUCGCAGGCUGCGGCGCCGACAAGACCUUCCGACUCCUCGACCUCGCCUCCGGCAGCAUGACCCCUCAGACCCUCGUCGCCCAUGAACAGCCCAUCCGAUCAUGCUGUUUCGCAACCAUAAACAACUCGCCCAUCCUCAUCACCGGCUCGUGGGACAAGACUGUGAAGUAUUGGGACUUUCGAUCACAAAACCCUGUCGCAACGUUGCAAUGUCAAGAACGAGUCUACACGAUGGAUGUCAAGAACAAAUUACUAGUCGUCGGCACAGCAGACCGAUACAUCAACAUCAUCGACCUCAAUUCUCCCGAGAAGUUCUACAAAUCCAUGCAAUCACCCUUGAAAUUCCAGACUAGAGUCGUCAGCUGCUUCACAGACGCUACAGGCUUCGCCGUGGGUAGUAUCGAAGGACGAUGUGCGAUUCAGUAUGUCGAAGAAAAAGAUUCGGCCAACAAUUUCAGCUUUAAAUGCCACCGAGACAAUCCGAAUACGACAGGACCAAAUAGGGAUGUCGCCAACGUUUAUGCGGUCAAUGCUAUUUCCUUCCACCCUGUGCAUGGCACGUUCUCGACGGCCGGUAGUGAUGGCACAUUCCACUUCUGGGACGGCAAUGCGAAGCACAGGUUGAAGGGCUAUCCCAAUGUUGGCGCCCCAAUUACCGCGACGGCAUUCAAUAGGCAGGGGACCGUCUUUGCGUAUGCGGUGUGCUACGAUUGGAGUCAAGGUUAUCAGAAGAACACGCCUCAGAUCCCGAAUAAGAUCAUGUUACACGGGGUGCAGCCGGAGGAGGUCAAGCCCAGACCUGGAGGGAAAAAGCGAUAGUCUCGCCGCGACUAGGUGAAUUGACGAACAUGAUUAUUGUUACCUUGGUUGGCUUUCCGCUCGAACGAACGAAUAAACUCCUCACCUUCGAAUGCGCCUGGCAAGUUAGCUUGUCUCAGACAGGCGACAAGAUCAACUAGCCGGUAAUACUCGCAGACCAAAUGCAGAUACUGCAUCAUGAGUCCCAAGACACGGGAGACCUGCGAGAACUUGCAGCUCGCCCGUCAAGCGAAGAACCACGCUCCUACCCAAACUGUGUACGAGCGCGGAACAGCUCAGUUACAGUUAUGGGAGUAGUCGAGCCGACACGAGCACCGGACUGAGGAUGAGAGUUGACUAUCAGUACAAGGCUGGACAGACUGGCCCACCAUGCAUUUCGCACUGGCAUUGUAACCUUAGAUAGAUGCACGAAAUGAGCUCGACAACGAGAUUCUCGUCGGAAUCCAUCUGCUGCAUUCCAUGGCGAUACAGUACUCGUGAAUGUUCGCGCCAAUUCUAUUAGCAUCCAUCUACGGGAACUUUUGAAGUGCAAUUUCGAGCUCAUUUGUGCCGUUCGUUACUCUACAGUUCUACAAAAGUCCAUACAAUCCAGACGGACCAGCGCCCAGCUUAAACCAUUGAUGCUUACCUCUCUUGUGGAAAAGCAGCAGCACCGUAAACUCC